ACCCUAAUAAUACACACAUAAUCCUUUCACCUAUCUCGCUGCCCUCCAUGAAGGCAGCAGCACUCGCCACGGGGCUGGCGCUCGUCGCUGGCGUCUCAUCCCAAGCUACGCCCAGCUACGUUACCGUCGUCACGUACAGACCAUGCUCAGUCGUGACUGAUACGAUGCAGACGGUCGUGACGACGUGCCCGGAUCCGUGCCCAGCAAAAACGGCGGCCACGCCAAUGCACACGACCGUCUAUGUCACCUCGUACGCUACUCUCUGCUCCACGGGUUGGGACCACAACACCUACACCGUCACCGAAACGUGCGGCGGCACCAAGCCUGCUUGUGGUGCUGCCCAGCCAACAGGCUACAUCCCGCCGGGAUUCACUACCACUGUCACCGUCUGCACUGCCUGCAACAAGGACAACACCCCCGUCACCGCUACCCUGACCGUCCCUGCCCCUGGCGGUAACGGAGGUGCCGGAGGCAACGGCGGACCUGGCGGAGCCGGAGGACCUGGUGGACCCGGUGGUAACGCAGGCCCUGGUGGUAGCACAGGCCCAGGCGGCAACGGAGGCCCCGGCGGCAAUGGCGGUCCUGGAGGGCCCGGUGGCCCAGGCGGCCCUGGUGGUUCCUCAAGCCCUGGCGGUUCCUCAAGCCCCGGCGGCAACGGAGGUCCUGGAGGCAACGGGGGACCAGGCGGCCCCGGUGGUCCCGGCGGACCUGGCGGCAGCUCGGGAUCCAGCGACCCCGCAGGGCCAGGCGGAAACGGCGGCGCAGGGGGCAACGGCGGGCCAGGCGGUCCCGGCGGAGCCUCGAGCCCAGGCGGCAACGGCGGCGCGGGCGGUAACGGUGGCCCUGGAGGACCUGGCGGCGCGGGCGGACCUGGUGGCAAUGCCGCGCCGGCGUCUACAACGUCGCACCCCUUGAUCGUGUGCCCGGGUCCGCAGUGCCCGCAUACGACGACGCCGACUACAAGCGCCUCCCGUAGCACGACGAGUCUGGCCGUGCAGACGGCGAAUGCGGGUUUGGAGGCGGCGAAGCCGCGGUGGUGGUUGGGCGGUGCCGGGGCGGCGGGGCUGUUGGCGCUGUUGUGAGGGGAGUUUUGAUGUUGCGGGUGAGUUUGCUUGGUUCGUGAUGCUGCUAGGACGAUUUGCUAACGAUUUGUGGUGGACACAGAGUCUCGGGGUUUGUGGGAUUGUUGCUUCCGGUUGCCUUCACUCAGUGUUCGUCUGCGCAGACGGACUGCUUGGUUCUUCC